AGAUGCCCUGGGUGGGGACAGCCUUGACGCGCUGCGCCUGCGCGAUGUCUCUUUGCGGGGCGCCCCGGUCGGUUCCCAGCCCCGCUUCGCCGCAGAGGCUUGGGCCCUCCGGCUCUCCGUAGCCGCGCGACUGUCGCGCUGCACCAGCUUCCUCCUCGGCGUUCCCACGCCUAUUUGGGCGGAUUCUUGGCGUCCGAGGAAGAGGUAGGCGCACCGUGUCUCCACGUCAGACACCCGACUGUGGAGAUGGCGGCCCAGAAGAUAAACGAGGGGCUGGAACACCUCGCCAAAGCAGAGAAAUACCUGAAAACUGGUUUUUUAAAAUGGAAGCCAGAUUAUGACAGUGCCGCUUCUGAAUAUGGAAAAGCAGCUGUUGCUUUUAAAAAUGCCAAACAGUUUGAGCAAGCAAAAGACGCCUGCCUGAGGGAAGCUGUUGCCCAUGAAAAUAAUAGGGCUCUUUUUCAUGCUGCCAAAGCUUAUGAGCAAGCUGGAAUGAUGUUGAAGGAGAUGCAGAAACUACCAGAGGCUGUUCAGCUCAUUGAGAAAGCCAGCAUGAUGUAUCUGGAAAACGGCACCCCAGACACUGCAGCCAUGGCUUUGGAGCGAGCUGGAAAGCUUAUAGAAAAUGUUGAUCCAGAGAAGGCUGUACAGUUAUAUCAACAGACAGCUAAUGUGUUUGAAAAUGAAGAACGCUUACGGCAGGCAGUUGAAUUACUAGGAAAAGCCUCCAGACUACUAGUACGAGGACGUAGGUUUGAUGAGGCGGCACUCUCUAUUCAGAAAGAAAAAAAUAUUUAUAAGGAAAUUGAGAAUUAUCCAACUUGUUAUAAGAAAACCAUUGCUCAAGUCUUAGUUCAUCUACACAGAAAUGACUAUGUAGCUGCAGAAAGAUGUGUCCGGGAGAGCUAUAGCAUCCCCGGGUUCAAUGGCAGUGAAGACUGUGCUGCGCUGGAACAGCUUCUUGAAGGUUAUGACCAGCAGGACCAAGAUCAAGUGUCUGAUGUCUGCAACUCACCGCUUUUCAAGUACAUGGACAAUGAUUAUGCUAAGCUGGGCCUGAGUUUGGUGGUUCCAGGAGGGGGAAUCAAGAAGAAAUCACCCGCAACACCACAGGCCAAGCCUGAUGGUGUCACUGCCACAGCUGCUGAUGAAGAGGAAGACGAAUACUCAGGAGGACUAUGCUAGUAUUUUGCUUGCUGAAAAGAAAAGGGAAACAAAGGUAAAAAUCCUGACAUGCCAUUUCAAGGACUUGGGAAUAGAUUAGGGAUAUACGUACUUCAUUACAGUCAUGUUGGAUCCUAAUAAAGACUUAGGAUCUUUAGUUACCAUCUCCCCAAAUCACUCAUUGUAUGCAUUACCUGUGAAGCAUAUCUUUUUCUUUCCAUAAGAGCUUUUCUAAGACACCAGCAGGAAUUUACAGAAAAUGGACUGUCUAUGUUUUAAUAUAGUUGAUGAAAAAAUUUGCAAGCCAAAUUAUACAUAAAUUAUGUUCUAAACAAAAGGGGUAAUAAGCAUAGGUAUUCUUCUCUCUUGGACGCUUGUAAGUUACUGUUAGUGAAUUGUUUUUUACAUUUUACUUAAUAAUUGCUGCUAAAAGUGAUGUUUACUGAUAAAAAAUUAUUUUAAAAUUUGUUUUGGAAAGGAAAUUUACCCCCAUGAUGUUAGAUAACAUUUAAAUUAUUAAGUCUUUUCAGAGAUGAGAUGGAGACAGGAAGUUAUUUUGAGCCUUACAAUAUUAUUUAGCCCAAUAAAAGAUGGAUUGAAGCUCUUAUUAUGAGUUUGAAAAAUUUUGAAGGUAGCGUAUUAAAGUGAUUCUAUAAAUA